AUGGACAGACGCGGCUUGCUCCUAUCGGAUUCCAGACACAGUGAAGAACGCCAAUACCUUGGUCGAGAGUUGCGCAGGAGUCUGCAAAUGGACCGCGAAGCUUGGUGGUGUGAACGUGCUAGUGAGUUGGAGCUUGCUAGUCUCUCUGGUAAUACCAGAAAACUCCUCCAUCUCAUUCGAGUCACCGGAGGUGUUCGAUCUGGUAUAAGUGAAACAAUAUGCGAAGAGGAUGGCAC